AUGCGUGUCCAGACCUACAGCUGCCGCCACGUCCACCCACUGCAACGGAUGGUGGUGCGGAACUGCUCCCGCUUCCGGAUGAGGAGGACCAAGCGGGCACGCGGCACCGAGCCCCAUAACCUGAAAGCUCGCAACUUCCGCUACGACAGGCUGAUUCCCCGCGAGCCCAUGAGGGUGGAGCCGCCACCGGCUGAAGACAAAGGCGUGGAUCUCGUGGAGCAGAGAUCCGGCCAGCGAAAACCCGCCACCUCCUACGUGCAGACCACCAUGGGCAAGAAUGCCGGGGCCACCCCCAGCAGCAUCAGGCACCAGUGGGGCCCAGGUCUGCCCUUGGCUGCCAUUCUCAGAGCUGGAGCCACCCUGGCAGCCACAGCCUGGAAUGAAGAGGAAGCAGGCCCGCCCACCAAGAGCUCCUGAGCACCUGCCCCUCACCUCCAAAGCAACGAAGACGUCAACCGCCUCAAACAAGUCACCUGAGUGCCCCCCCCCCCCCGGGCUUACUUGAAUAUUCUUUGCUUGUAUUACCUCACAAUGUUCUCUAACCAGACACACUCCCGGUCUCCCAAUACACAACACUGAUCAUAUUCUCUUCUACUGACAGUUCACUUAUGUAUGCUGUUUGUCAUCUUCCUCUCCUCCCUCAAGUGUAAACUCAAUGAGGUCACAGGUUUUGUACGUUCUGUCCACAGCUGUAUCGCCCGUGUCUAGCAUCCUGCUGCAUACGUAAUAAAUGCUCAAUGUUCCCAUUGAAAGAACAAACGAGCAGGGGGCAUCCUAUUCACCCCUAGACAAAUAAAUAGUCUAGAUAUUUC